AAUAGCCASUGCUUGAGAACAAUCUGAUCUAUUUUUGAUGUUCAUUUCGGGACGAUGCUGAAGAUGUCUCUAUUUGAUCAGCUGGAUUUCCACCCAUGCAGCUGGACAUUGAUCCUUUGGUCCUGCCUAGAGAAGUAAGGAAACUUCUUCAGAGACUGCCCUAACCAAGGUCAGCAGAACUGCCUGAGCCACCAGCCAUCACCCAGCAGGGAAAAUGAUCAUGUGCUGUCUUGCCAGGCUUGUCAUGAAGGCAGGUGUCAUUAGAAGGUGUUUGUGCCUCCUCCUCCUCCUCUUCAGAAGUCAUUUGGGUCACAGCAGCAGAGCUAUGGGACAAGCUUUGUCCGAGCUGGGGAGCAGAGUGCCCACCAAGAAUCUCCAGAGAACUGAGACACCAUGAUUCCUGGUAACCGAAUGCUGAUGGUCAUCCUACUAUGCCAAGUCCUUCUAGGAGGUACUAACCAUGCUAGCCUGAUCCCUGAGACCGGCAGGAAGAAAGUGGCAGAGCUUCAGGGACAAGCCGGAUCCGGACGCCGCUCUGCCCAAAGCCAUGAACUCUUGCGGGGUUUCGAAACAACUCUGCUGCAGAUGUUUGGGCUGCGAAGGCGGCCUCAGCCCAGCAAGUCAGCCGUCAUCCCUAGUUACAUGCUGGAUCUCUAUCGGCUCCAGUCCGGGGAAGAGGAGGAAAGCCUCCAGGAAAUUAGCCUGCAGUACCCUGAGCGAUCGACCAGCCGGGCAAACACCGUGAGGAGUUUCCACCAUGAAGAGCACCUAGAGACCGUCCCGGGUCCCAGCGAGGCGCCCCGGAUCCGCUUCGUCUUCAACCUCAGCAGCGUGCCGGAGAACGAGGUGAUCUCCUCGGCGGAGCUGCGGCUGUACCGGGAGCAGGUGGAGGAGCCGAACGCGGCGUGGGAGAGGGGCUUCCACCGGAUAAACAUUUACGAAGUGAUGAAGCCGCUGUCGGAGCGCGCCCAGGCCAUUACGCGCCUGCUGGACACGCGGCUGGUGCACCACAACGUGACGCGCUGGGAGACCUUUGAUGUGAGCCCGGCCGUGAUCCGGUGGACCAAGGACAAGCAGCCGAACCACGGGCUGGUGAUCGAGGUCACCCACCUGCACCACGCACAGACUCAUCAGGGCAAACACGUCAGGAUUAGCCGAUCUUUACCUCAAGGGCGCGGGGACUGGGCGCAGCUCAGGCCGCUCCUGGUCACUUUUGGGCACGACGGGCGAGGCCACGCGCUGACCCGCAGAGCCCGCCGGAGCCCCAAGCACCAGCGUUCCCGCAAGAACAAAAAAAACUGCCGCCGCCAUGCCCUCUAUGUGGAUUUCAGCGACGUGGGCUGGAACGACUGGAUCGUGGCGCCCCCGGGGUACCAGGCGUUUUACUGCCACGGGGACUGCCCCUUCCCUCUGGCCGACCACCUCAACUCCACCAACCACGCCAUCGUGCAGACGCUGGUGAACUCCGUGAACUCCAGCAUUCCCAAGGCCUGCUGCGUGCCCACGGAGCUCAGCGCCAUCUCCAUGCUCUACCUGGAUGAGUAUGACAAGGUGGUCCUGAAAAACUACCAGGAGAUGGUGGUGGAGGGGUGCGGGUGCCGCUGACCCCCUUCCCUGCCGCCCUCUCCUCCCCUUCUCUCUCCCUUCCGUCCCACCCCAGAACUGCUUGCUAUAGCUGGACUCUUCUCUAAACUAAACGUUCACCUUGACCUUAUUUAUGACUUUAUGUGCAAAUGUUUUUGACAAUAAUGAUCAUAUAUUUUGACAAAAUAUAUUUAUAACUACAUAUUAAAAGAAAAAAAUAAAAUGAGUCAUUAUUUUAAAGGUAAAUGC